GUUCUCAGAGUUGGGUGAGUAGUGCUGCCUGUUUUUCUGGUGGCCUGUUUCAAUGAUGCAGAAGAGGAGAGACCUUCCAGGACCUGUAGAGCCCCAGUUUCUCACUAUUGGCUCUAGGCCUCUUUCUUCUGGAACCUUGGCAUCAAGCCCCUUGGGCUAGGGAGAGAAGGUGGAGGAGGGAGUGAGCAAAGUGUGUAACUCUGGAACUACAUUUCCCAUAUAGCCAUCUGGCUGGCCAGGGAGAGGCCCAGGGCCUCCUGGGAGUCGUAGUCCUAGGGCUAGAAAGGGCCACUUCCCUCAUCUUCGUGGCUCGACUCCCCAAGUUUCCAAAAGGCCACGUGCACCUAGCCGGAAGCCUGGAUCCGGGGACGGGAGGAAGCUGAAGCCCAGAAGCCCUUUCCUUGGCUUUAGAAGUCGGAAGGGACAAGAUAACUUUCCUCUCGGUAGACGCUGGGAAAAUUCUAGUCUGAAAGGACGCCCACCUCUUGUGAUAUCAUGGAACGAUAGGCGGAGUCUCCCUUUGUUGCGGUCCUAUCAGACUCAGCGUUGGGCUUGUGGGCGGGGCCGAGAAAACUCCCAGGGAGUAUCUUUUGGGGAGUUGGGGCCCCACGUGGGAAGCUAGAAGGGGGAAGCUGUGGGAAUUCCUCCUAGACCGGGGCGAACGGUGACUGCGACUCCAGUCAGAAAGCUCUCCAUAUCACGCGACCGACCUCACCCUCACCCCCAACAAAACCCUUAAUUUUAGUCAUGGGAAAAUAGCAGAGUGAAGGACGUGGCCUGCUCCUCCUCUCUAAAAGCCCUCAGCCUGGAUUCGGCUCUUCAGCGGACCCUAGUGUUUGAGGGUACAACAUUCAAGGUCAAGGUCGGGCAGCGGCUGUUGAGGGCGCAUCGGGUCUCCGUCACCUCGGUUUCCUAACCGAGAAGUGUGCGCCCUGCAAAUUGGGGGGCUUAGUCUCGGGGAAGGGUUUCUCUCCACUUAGCGUGAACGUUUGGGGCGAAAGGACCCUUCCCCUUCCCCCUCCCCCUCCCCCUGCGCGGACUGAGCGCUCUGGCCGCAAUGGGUCCGCAACUUCCCCUCCUGGUGGCGGCGCUGGCCGGCUGCCUGCUUCCUGCCCGGGGCUGUAUCCUAUGUGCAGCAAAGGUCGUGGAGGCGCUAAAAUCCUUGGAGACGGAUUACCUGCCCGGCCGCCUGGCGGCCGAUCGUCACCGAAGCUUUAUGCAAAGGGUAAAACAAGCCGUGAUGGAUUUCAAGGACCUGCCAAUUGAAGAGGAUUCCUAUAUGGGGGUUAUCGAUAAGCCCACACUGGAAAAGGCAUCCUGGAGUUUUCUGAAGGAUUUGAGACGUAUCACAGACAGUAAUGUAAAAGGUGAACUUUUCGUGAAGGAGAUGUACUGGAUGUUGCACCUGCAAAAGGAUAUGUUUGCCCGCUUUGCAGCUCAGUUCCAAAAAGAGGCUUUUUGUCCCAACAAAUGUGGUAUGAUGUUGCAGAGUCUGAUCUGGUGCAAUACCUGCCAGAAGCAGGUUCACACUUGUCGAAAGAGCCCUGAUUGCGGGGUGCGCCUAGUCAUAGUCCAUGAAAUGGAAGACUUGAUCCUGAACUGUGAGCUCAACUGGCAUCGACUCUCUCAAGGCCUGACCGAUUACAGCUUUUUCAGGGUUUGGGGGAAAGAUUCUGAGACCUUGCUGUCCAAGGGGAAAAAUUCCACCCUGAUCAAGACCGCGGUGACUGCAGAGGAUGCAGGGGUCUACCGCUGCAGUUUGGACAGCGUGCGAUCCAUCCCAGCCACGAUCAUCUUUUAUCAAGUCAAAGUGUUGCCCGGAAGGAUCUCUGAAGAGCUACCGUCAAACGUCAGCCAGGGUGGGCAGGCCCCAGGUCAGGGGGAUUUAACCAUCCAGCCGACGCCGACGCAGUGUCCGAAGUCUGAGAACUUGCUGAGAGGCCGUCUGAUAGGACUGCUGAUCUGGGGCUUUGUGGUGCUGAUAAUCGGCUUUACGACCGCGAUACUUUGCUUUCGACCUGAGAAGGUGAUCAAUUCCAUCAAGUCCUGUUUCGACACCAAGAAGGAGCCUGCCAAGCAGCCCCAGGUUCCAGAGGAAAAAGCCACACCAUCAAGGCCGAAAUAAAGAUUUAUCUGGUUGUCUAAAUAAAUAUCUGAC